AUGGUGAAAGGAGCAGCUCGGAAGAAGAAGGAGGAAGUGAAGGAACAUGCUGUGGCCAGAAAGGCAGCACAGGCAGCACAACAGGCAGCAGUGCAGGGUGCUGGUGCAGUGGCAUGUUUUACAGGCUCCUUUUCCACCAAGAACAAGGAUGAUCUUAUUGAUAUUGCAGGCGCCCUCCAAAUUUCUACUGCAGGGACCAAACCAGAGCUCUUGAAAGCCAUCAAAGAAUACUUCAAGUCACAUCCAGAACUCAAGACUAAUGAAUGCUUUAUCGUCACUUUUUCCCACUAUCUGUUUGGACAUGAAAAGCUCAUGCUUUGA